AUCAACAAAUGUUUCAGAUCCUCUAAACAAGCCCACCCAAAAAGCACUAGACAUACCCGAGAUCUAAUAAUCAUAAAGGUCAACUUUCCCACUUUUGUAGCUCUGGACUUCUAUUUUGUUAGACAGAUCAAGUCUAUUUUUUCACAUCUAAAGCAUUUUGCUUUCCUCAAGGAUGGGUUAAAAUCGGCACAACAAAUUUCUAAGCAAGAAAUACUUGAGAACAUGGAUGGGAAGUCUAAGCCAGAAAGCCUUGGUGUGUACAUUAACGACGACUUCCUAGAUAACCUACCAACACUUUUUCCUUUCGGUAGUCUCCAUGAUGGUUUUGAAGAGGCGAAUUUAAUGGAAUCUUUUAACUUUCAAGCUGAUCUUCCUACCCAAAAUAUUCAGGAAACAAUUUCCAAUCUGAGUGUUGUUCCUGCACCUCUCGAGGGAUUGACGUUGGAAGGGGCUGUUUCAUCUAUAGAAGGACAAGAUAUGAACCAAACUGGUUACUUGAACCAAUUUCAUGACAUGCAAAAUGAGGAUAUGCUUGCGCUUCAAGGCAUUCAUCAUUAUGACGAGCAAAACCCAAGCAAUCCAUUGGUAUCGAAUAUAACCAAAAACAAUAAUUUCAAUGGUGUCAAUAACCAGGCAUCCCCUUAUCCAGCAUCGUUCCACCGAAACCCAGUACUGACAUGGCCAAGGAUUGAAACAGGGUUUUCAAGUGGACAACUUGUAACACCUAAAAGACCUAAGUUAUUCCCUCCUCGCAACAAUCAUAUUCAUAUCAGUAACUCUCAUGCUGCGUGCAAUUCAAGGUGGUCCCGACCAUUCAAUACCAUGCAGAAUCAACAAGUAGGCCAUGCGACUACAAGCAAUUCCUUUCUACCCAGAUCUUUAGUGCCUGCUACGUCCCAAGGAGUGCCAAAUCAGAUUAGCAAAUACAAUCGAAGGAUGAACACUCCUAAUCUACAACGGCAGAGUAACACAAGUUGGCAGAGACAUAGGGUGGCUGAGAUUGCACCAGUUUUGAGGACGACACAACAACCUUCCGAAGCAAUCCGAAGAAUACUCAACAUGAAUCCAACAAGAACAGUUACAUACAAUGUUCUUCCCGCUCGGCAAAAUCAAAAUGGGAAUGUGCAAAUGGGAAGGGGGACGUGUAAUUAUGAUCUAAGUAACCAACUGUUGUCACUGAGAAAGCAAAGACGUUAUGAACCAUCACGCUGUGGUCGUCCCCAGAAACGUCCGGUAGAGGAGUCGUCUUCUCAACAUCAAAAGGUUUCUUCAAAAAGUGGGAAAGCUGCAACAAACCCUACAUCCCAACAAGAACAAAGGACUCCUGACAGUGUAGUUAAUAGAGAUCAAAACGUCAUACCUGCCAAUCCCCCCGCUGCUCCUAGGCAUUUUGUAAACACUGUUUAUGACAUGGAAUUUGAGAGGAAGGGUAUUCCCAUUGACCCUCAUCUCCGAUUAUUCAAACCCCCACCACCACCACCACCACCACCACCACCACCAGAGAACGAAAGUGCCUAGCCUGCGCUCAAAUGAUGCGUCAAGUGCCUGGAAUGCUCAAGAGCAGUUAAACUGGAAUAUAGAAACAAAGGCAAUAGCUUUCGGUAAUAUUAUUUGCACUUACAAAAUUUGAUAAAACUAGAAGAAAAAGGUUAUGCAAUCAAUUAAAUUUUAGUGUGCAAAUAAUAUUAUCUCGGCCUUGCAUGUUGAUGUUGUUUUCGUGUAUUCCAAUUCUACAAAGUAGUACCGGAUAGAUUUAUAAUUGGCUGGUGUUAAUGUUUUUUGGGCCAUCAGGCAGGAUAAACCCUAAAGCCCUUGUCAUUACUUUUUCCGAAUAGGAAUAAUAUUCUCGAUGUAUGCCUGCUUUUAAUCA